AUGCACACUCUCUUGAACCUAAUUGAGACUGGCCUACCAGACACUCGGACAGGGUUUCCAGAGGCAUUGCGGGAAUACUUUCAAUUCAAGGACAGCCUUCAGACUGUUGAUGGUGUCGUCCUAUACAAAGACCGCGUGGUUAUCCCAACAUGUCUUAGACAGGAAGUUCUUGCCUCCCUACACUCUGCUCAUCAAGGCGUCACAGCAAUGACCUCGCGUGCAGAAUCUUCUGUAUUCUGGCCAGGAAUAACACCUGCCAUCUCAGCGCUGAGAGCCUCACGCUCAGCCCCAUCCAACCCAAGCGCAACUACACCACUUAUGAAUGCAGAAUACCCAUUUCAAUGCAUUUGUGCAGACUACUUUCAUUAUAAAGGUUGUCACUAUCUAGUUGUGGUGGAUCGCUACUCAAACUGGCCAAUCGUUGAGCGUGCUAACGAUGGUGCACGGGGGUUGAUAGACUGCCUUCGCCGCACAUUUGUGACAUUCGGAAUCCCUGAUGAGCUAUCUUCAGACGGCGGCCCUGAAUUCACAUCUGUUGCCACCAGAACCUUUCUAAAGGACUGGGGAGUCAACCACCGUGUAUCCUCAGUUGCUUUUCCCCACAGCAACUGCCGUGCUGAGGUAGGGGUUAAGACCGUAAAACGAAUCCUCAUGGACAACACUAAUCCUGAUGGCAGCCUCGAGACUGAUUCAUUUCAGCGUGCUAUACUCCAGUACCGAAAUACACCAGAUAGAGACACUAAACUAUCCCCUGCCAUGUGUGUCUUCGGUCACCCAAUACGAGAUUUUAUCCCUAUACCACCAGGUAGAUACCAACCCCAUAGUACCUGGCGUGAGACCCUCCUUGCCAGAGAGGAAGCCCUCAGAAAACGCCACAUGUUGUCAGCGGAAAGAUUGUCAGAGCACACCAAGAGGCUCCCCCAACUUUCUGUUGGAGACCCUGUUCGUAUCCAGAACCAAGUAGGUCAACACCCACUAAAAUGGGACAAAACAGGGGUAAUCAUAGAGGUACGCCAAUUUGACCAGUAUGUGGUCAAGGUGGAUGGCUCGGGCCGAGUCACACUACGUAACAGGAAGUUCCUAAGAAAGUACAUACCUGUAUAUCCUUCCCCUCCAGCCAUUUCCCCUUACAAGGACAACCCUUUUUCUAGUCCUAAAAUCAACCUUCCUGUCCCCUUACAUAAGGGCAUCCUCAUACCCCAGACACAACCUAACAGUCUGCCAAGACAACCAGACAUACCAGUAGACACAGAUCCCCAGACCAACGAUCCCCCAGAGCCAAUUCCUGAUAUACCGACAACCCAAGACACAGACAAUUUUGAGGGCACAACCCCAGUGCGGCCUGCUGAUCAAUCGCCCACUGUCACUCCCAGGGCUGAUGCUGAUCGGCCAACAUUAGCCACCCCGACCCAUUCUCCCAACCAAUAUGAACCCAGUGCACGCCCCCUGCCGACGACGCCUCGUCGCUCCAGUCGCACGGUCAAGAAACCCAGGUGGCACAAAGACUUUGAAAUGUAG